CAGGCAGCUUCGCCGGGCGGCGGGUUCAUUUGCCCCGCCUCGCUCCCGUGCGGUCGCGGCGUUCACUUCCGGGCCCUCCCCGCCUUUAGUGAAACCAUCGAGAGGACACCCCCUGCAUCUAGAGCAGCCCGACCGGCAGCGUAACCGGGUGGCGCGCGAACGUGAGAGGAAAGCCGUGCGCAGCUGCGCUUUCCCGCCCCUGAACCGUUCUAGACGCCGGAAAAAUGCUUUCUGAAAGCAGUUCAUUUUUGAAGGGUAUGAUGCUUGGAAGCAUUUUCUGUGCCUUGAUCACUAUGCUAGGACACAUUAGGAUUGGUCAUGGAGAUAGAAUGCACCAGCAUAAGCAUCAUCACCUACAAGCGCCUAAUAAAGAAGAUAUCUUGAAAAUUUCAGAGGAUGAACGCAUGGAGCUCAGUAAGAGCUUUCGGGUAUACUGUAUCAUCCUUGUAAAACCCAAAGAUGUGAGUCUUUGGGCUGCAGUGAGAGAGACUUGGACCAAACACUGUGACAAAGCAGAGUUCUUCAGUUCUGAAAAUGUUAAAGUGUUUGAGUCAAUUAACAUGGAAACAGAUGACAUGUGGCUAAUGAUGAGAAAAGCUUACAAAUAUGCCUUUGAUAAAUACAGAGACCAAUACAACUGGUUCUUUCUUGCACGCCCCACUAUGUUUGCUAUUAUUGAAAACUUAAAAUAUUUUUUGUUAAAAAAGGAUCCAUCACAACCUUUCUAUCUAGGUCACACUAUAAAAUCUGGAGACCUUGAAUAUGUGAGUGUUGAAGGAGGCAUCGUCUUAAGUAUAGAAUCAAUAAAAAGGCUUAACAGCCUCCUCAGUAUCCCUGAAAAGUGUCCUGAACAGGGAGGGAUGAUUUGGAAGAUAUCUGAAGAUAAGCAGCUAGCAGUCUGCCUGAAAUACGCUGGAGUGUUUGCAGAAAAUGCAGAAGAUUCGGAAGGAAAGGAUGUAUUUAAUACCAAAUCCGUUGGGCUUUUUAUUAAAGAGGCAAUGACUAAUCACCCCAACCUUGUUGUAGAAGGAUGCUGUUCAGAUAUGGCUGUUACUUUUAAUGGACUGACCCCUAAUCAGAUGCAUGUGAUGAUGUAUGGGGUAUACCGUCUUAGGGCAUUUGGGCAUAUUUUCCACGAUGCGUUGGUUUUCUUACCUCCAAAUGGUUCUGACAAUGACUGAGAAGGGAAAGAAGAGCAUGUAUAUGAUCACCGUAUAGGACAGGUAUUGUCACUGUUUGUAGUUACAACUACAUAUCCAACAUAACAGUAUGUUUCUUUUUUUUAGUUUGGUGAUACUGGUUUAAUUGAACAUUGAAGUUUAGUGGUGCAUUUUGAAAGAGGGUGGGGUUUUUUUCUCCUUAAAACACAUGAAAAUUUCAAACAUAUUGGAAAGAAAUAUUUUAAGGCUAAUUUUGCAAAUAAAAGGUAUAUUUAUAAAUAUUAUAUUUAUGUGAUAAAUCCUAAAUUAUGGAUCUGUGGCACAUAUUUUUGCUGAUCGGUUAAAAAAUUUAACUGUCUUUUUAGCUUUCUAAGAUAUGCAAAUACAGUCUCUAGUUGUGAAUUUGUGAUUAAAGUAAAACUUGGAGCUAUGUGUUUCCAUUACUUGUAAUGCUGUUAUGUGUUCUAAGCCUCUGCAAGUGCUCAUGGAUUUGCUUUCUCAAAAUACACAACCAAGCAACAAAGGAAAUUCGUUCCCAAAACUAAUGUUGACAUGAAAGUUGAAUUCUGUCCCUGAGAGAAAAAGUGAAAAUUACCUAUAAAGGUUAAUCAUUUACCCAGGAGCUAAUUUUAGUGGCAUUCCUCAGCAUACACAAGUUGUCUGACACUCUACUUCUCUGUGCAGACACUGAAAUUGAAGUGGUCACUAUGAAGAAUCUAUAUCCGUUGAAAUUUCUUUACUUUGCUGGGCAAAUGAGUUCUGUGGAAGUCUCCUUUCAAGAACUUGUUUUGAUGGUCUGGCAGUUUGACUUACCUGAGUGGCAUCUGGUCUUUGUUCACCUGUUCAAAUUCUGAGAUUUUCCCCAUAUUCAUAGUUGCAUCAUAUCCAGUGGUUUCAGGUGCGGAGGCCCCAACCUCACCAUUCAUCUUGGACCAUACCCUUUGCCUAAUUGCAGUGGCUACCCAGAAAGCUUAUCUAGGGAUGAAUACAAUAGCUCUUGGGCGUAUAAAUGUACGAAAUAUCCACUGCUCAAUUGUCCUAGAAUUGGGACUGUACAUGCUAUAUUAAGUAAAAUCCAUAAGCCCCCCCACGGGGUGUGAGACCAUGACAUAUUAGAGAUCAAUGCUUCCUGAAACUGGCCUCAUGAUGUUAAUGGUCUCCCACAGCUUUUACAAACCAGGAAGAGAAUUUCCUCAAGAGGGCCUCAGGCUUCAAAUUAUCGAUCAUCAGUGCAUGAAGUGCUUUUUAAAAAUUGUAUCUGAUUUUCCUUAUUGGGGCUUUUGGUUAAAAUGAAGUGUUAUUAAUUUUAAAAAAUAAUAAAACUUUUUAUCAAGCACUCUAUUAUAUGGUCUCGGAUGCAACUAAUAAAGAUCAAGUCAUGUUCAGUGUAAGUAAAAUGAUAAACAGCAUGUCCCUGAAUGUGACACCCAACUUAUAAGUGUCACCUUGCCCCAACAACAAUAUAUUUUAAAGAAUUAUGCAUUUAUCACUUUCAAUUACAUUAGUGUAUCGAGAUAUAAUUGUAAUAAAUAUAUCAGAAUACAUUC